AUGCAGCAGUCGGCGGGUGGACGGCUGUCCCGCCUGUCCUUGACCAAAGGAAUCAGUUCGCUUCACCCUCCUCUCCCUCUGCAGCAUGUUUUCGCAGCGUCGGCGACCGGCGUGUCCAUUCUGAAACUGGGCGAUGACCUGUCGUUGUCGGAGUUAGGGUUUUACAACAGCAUGGCCGCGUUCGGAGAGCCAACCUCGGUUGCAUACAACCCGGUUUUCGACGAGGUCGCCAUCUCUGUCAAGGCAUUUGACCCGCUGACGAAGGGCAGGGUCUACGUGGUGAAGUCGUCCGAGGAUUGGAUAAGGUGCGACUUCUGCGAUGAUGAUGUCCAGAUCCUUGAAGCAGGAUUUUUACCAGAUAUGAUCACAUUCACUCCCAACGGCAAGCGUAUCCUCACGGCCAACGAAGGAGAACCGCACACACAUCACGGGUUCGAAUCGCUGUACAUAGAUGCCCAUGACCUCCCCUUCCUUGUGCGUUUCCGUGCCUCACCACGUCAUUCCCAUCCUGUUCAACAGCUGAACUACGUGAGCGCGGAGAAUGAUCCGGAGGGGUCCGUUUCGAUCUUCAAGCGUACGACCAAAGACAACACGUACGCGAGCGCGUGCGAAGUAGGGUUCGAGAAAUACAACACCGCCGAUCGCACCAACAGGCUCGUCGACAGAGGCAUGCGUGUGGGUGGCAUGAACUUCACGACGCUCUCAAUGGACGUGGAACCCGAGUACAUUGCCGUGACGGAAUUUGGUACCACGGCCUACGUCACGUUGCAGGAAAACAACGCGGUGGCGAAGAUCGACAUCAAGGGCUGCGAAAUAAAGCGCAUGUACCCCCUGGGAUUCAAGGAAUGGGGUGACGAUAUGAAGUUCGACGCUUCGGACGAGGACGGCAUGAUCAACCUGCAGGACUGGCCCACGGUUAGGGGAAUGUACAUGCCCGAUGCUAUCACGACGUUCAAGACUGGCGGAAGGCGCUGGUACACCUUACUGUUGACAGGAUGUGGGGUGGUGACAACCGCCGGGCCCUUUGACGGCAACAUCGACGAGCUGUACGCCUUCGGCGGCAGGUCUAUUUCAAUCUUCGACGGCAAGACUGGAGAGCUGGUGUGGGACAGCGGAGACUUCAUCGAGCAGUUCACUGCCGACCCAGUCAACGGCUUCAGCGAUAUCUUCAAUUCGAAUGGCGGCGUAGCCACGUUCGAUGGCCGCAGCGACGACAAGGGUCCCGAGCCCGAAGGCCUCGCCAUGGCUGAGAUCGACGGCAGCAUUUACGUAUUCGUCAGCUUGGAGCGCAUCGGCGGGUGGAUGUGCUGGGACGUGACGGACGCCACGGCUCCGGUGUUCCAGUCGUACGUCAACUCGUACGAGGGAGACACGGCGCCCGAGUCGGCCGCAGUCAUCUCAGCGGACAUGUCUCCCAGCGGCAACACCCUGCUGGUCGCUGCCUACGAGGAAAGCAACACCCUCGCCGUCUUUGAGCUCACGAUCACCCACUGAUCGUGGGUGGGCGUUCAAAAGAGCUACCGCUCAUUUCUUGGCGGUAGUUCGGUGUGUUUUUUCGUCUUAAUUCG